AUGGAGAUCCUAACAAUUGGAGCACAGGUGAACCAUGUUGCACCCUCGGGGCCAGAGUGGGCGAAGGAAAUAUCGGAAUACCUAGAUACAGGAAAACAUUCGGAAGGGAAGGAGGAGGCAAGGAAAGUUAGAAGGAAUGCAACACGAUUUGUUAAAGUUGAUGGAAUCCUGUACAAGAAGGGCUUUGCCACCCCUCUGCUAAGGUGCAUCUUGCCCGAGGAAGUGCAGUUUGGCAUUCCUAAUAGUAUAGUCUCUGACAACGGGAAGCAGUUCGACUCGAAGCAUUACAAAGAAUGGUACAAGGAGUUGGGCAUCCAAGUAAAAUACUCGUCACCAGGACACCCACAAGCCAACAGACAAGUAGAGUCAACAAACAAGUCCUUCCUCGGGAUCUUAAGAAAGAAGUUCGGCAUAAAAAAGGGAGAAUGGACGAAGGAGCUCCCAGGAGUCCUAUGGGCCUAUAGGACAACUGUGAAGACCCCAACAGGCGAGAUACCAUUCACCUUGGCCUUUGGCAACGAAGCAGUUGCUCCUGUAGAAGUCGGCCUGCCCAUAUACUGGACCAGCUACUUUAACCAAGCUGAAAACAACGAGGCACUCGAGGAACACCUCGAUCUACUAGAGGAAAAGGGGGAAUAG